AAAAAGAGUUAAACCAGACCGUGUGAUGAGCAAUAACAAGACGGCAACGACCAAUGCGACGGAUCAGAUUUUUGCGGUGAUGCGUGGUGGAAUUUCGGGUGGCGAGUGAUAUUAGCAAAGAGCAAUACAAGAUUAUCGAGUGCAUCGAGUUUGGCGUAAAAAGAACAAAGAAACAGGGUUUAAGAACGAAAGGAAGCACCAGCAUUGAAGCACAGGACCAAAAGCAAGAAGGUGCAAAAUCCAACCAUUGCCCCGGAGUUGCACGGCGAACGCAAAUUAAUGAUUCUGCAUUCGGCAAAUUGUUGAGUAAAUUACUCAACAUACAGUGCACAAUCCUUGAUGGUGUUGCUCAAAUGACCGUGCGUGCGUGAGUGUUAGUGAAGGGAGCGAAUAAAUCGGAGUGUGGGUGCGAGUGCAGCACAGCAACAAAGAGAAAAAGAGCAAAUUCUGUGUGUUUACCGAGCGCUCAUAGAAAGAGCGAGAGAAAGGGCAUCUGGGAAGAGAGCAGAGCGUGCGUCCGGGAUCAAUCAACGGGCUGAAAGAACACUAGCACCAGCAACAAUCCAGAAUCGUCUCUCGCCGCGUUGUCUGACGGAGGCAGAAAGAGAGAGAACAUAAGAAAUUCGUUUGACGACGGGCGUUGUACUUCAUCAUCGACGCACGGCACCCGAUAUUUGCAACAGAGGAAGAGCACUGAAUUGAUAGAAAAUAACAACAUCCGAAAGUCGGCGCCGUUUCCAGUGGCGGCGAAUCAAAGCAGCAGGUGAAUUGCAGCGCGUUAAAGACCGUUGUUGUGUGUGGUGUGCUGGUGAGAGCCCCUGUAAAUACGCGAGGUGUGUGUCUCGCGUGAUGUGAUUGUGACCAAUUGUGUGCAUAGAUAGAAGUCCUUAUUAGUUCCGUAAAAGGUUUUUCAGCAGCUUAGCCGAAAACACAAUUGUAUGAAUCGAGUGAACUGGUGCUAUCCACUAUCAGGGAGGCCAAGUGCAGUGUGUUGCAAACCGCGCUCUGCUCCACGCACCACUUCUUCUUCACCUAAGUGCGAGAAACAAUAGAGCAACGGAGACCACAUCCGCCGUCUAAUUUCCUCGCGAACAUUGCUUUGCCUUUGCGAAUAGCAGAACAAUGACGGAGUACAAACUAGUAGUAGUAGGCGCCGGAGGUGUAGGCAAGUCCGCCUUGACCAUACAGCUUAUUCAGAAUCACUUCGUGGAUGAAUACGACCCGACGAUUGAGGAUUCCUACCGGAAGCAAGUAGUUAUAGAUGGCGAAACUUGUUUACUCGACAUUCUGGACACGGCCGGUCAAGAGGAGUAUUCGGCGAUGCGCGAUCAGUAUAUGCGAACGGGCGAGGGAUUUCUGCUAGUAUUUGCUGUUAAUAGUGCCAAAAGUUUCGAAGACAUAGGAACGUACCGAGAACAAAUCAAGCGCGUUAAGGAUGCCGAAGAGGUACCGAUGGUGCUGGUUGGCAACAAAUGCGAUCUGCAAGCAUGGGCAGUGGAUAUGAAUCAAGCAAGAGAUGUGGCGAAACAGUAUGGCGUUCCAUUCGUAGAGACCUCGGCGAAAACACGAAUGGGUGUAGAUGAUGCCUUCUACACACUGGUGCGCGAAAUUCGUAAGGACAAAGAAAGAGGGAAAAAGAAUCGGAAGCACCAUAAGCUGGUCUCGAGCAGGAGGUUCAAGUGUCAGUUACUAUAAAACUGGCUUUCGACUGAUCGAAGGCCCAUUACCAGCCAACCAGCCAGCCUGCAAUCCAGCAAACAGUAUGUCUCCGCCCCGUUCCACAAAAUGUUUUGCGUGAAGUUGUACGAAAAAAGGAUCCACCAUUUAAAAGAUUCUUUCAGUGCUACCGUUGUAUAAUCUCCCAACAAAGAAGCGCAACUUCUUCGGCAGCAGCAGCCAAAACGCGGGAAGAAGAAAAUGAUGUUUAACAAUUACCAAUAACAUUGUUCUUCGAUAGAAUCGCAUCGUUAGACGAAUAAGUCUACCGGUGGAACGACCGAUGCGCAAAUUGUGUCGUUGCCAACCGAGUCAACGCACUUGUUUCAGUUGACCUUAGAUCACUAACGACGAAGAAACGAUUAUUCACGCUAGCUAGAAAUCAUCGUCAGAAAAGGGCAUACUAUCGAUUAGAAUGAUCGUUCUCGGUGUAAGAUUCGCCACGUGAAUAUUACAUGCUCGAUCGGUUGAUAAAAAUUAAAAAAAAAAAAUCAGCCAGCACUGUGUAUUCAAGACGCACAAGUAAUUAUUGAUGGUUAAGAAUAGAUUCCAGACUAGGAUCGAGGAAUACUUCCGCAAUCCGCAGUAGAAACGAACGAUAUGCAAUGCUACGUUAAGGUCCUACAACAGGCUUGCAUUAUUGGGUUUAACACAAGUUUUGAAUGGCGCAACGGGCGGAGAAGGCGUUUCUUGUCGCCGAGCAUCGUUUAUUUUAAAUUUGUCGAUAUUCUCCUACCGUUCGUUGCGUGUUGCCACGCCGCUUCAGCGCUCAAAGCAGAUCACUUACGCGGUAAUCGGUGAAUAUUAGGAUUUAGCGGCGAUAGAACUCAGAAUGAUAACUGAAAAGAGACCGACGAGUGGUUCAAAGCAAAUGAUAUGUAUAGACAUUUUGUGUAUCUAAUGUUCGCUACCCACGGUGUUGCACCGGUUUUCACUUCACAUCUGCCCGUAAAGACCUAUGAUAAACGUAAAUACGAUGUUUAAGUAAAUUAGUUAUGUUUUGCUCUUACCAACUCAUACGUCUAACCCCCCCCGAAAAGUGAAAAGGCGCCAUCAUCCGACGAUGCUGAGUGAGCGCAAUCCACAAGAAAGUAGAGAAAGUCAUGAUGGCAAAAGAAAAGUGCGACUAAAACCACGCUUUUUGGUUCGAAGAUCAGUCACAUAAUACAAAGCCCUGAGUCUGUGAGGAGUUAGGAAAACGAAAAGUGUAUAGCAUGAAGGAAGGAGUAAAAGUUGUUUCAAAGUGGCCAGCACAAUUAGACAAAUGAAAAGGAAUUAUGAAAAGUGAGAAGGAAAUGGAUACAAAUGAACAUUAUUCAAUCAACACAAAAGACCGCUGCAUGAUGCGGAUACUUCAGAGCUACGUCUAGCAACUAGGCCACUUUCACAAAAGAAAGGUUCCAAAUUACACACAGGAAAAGAUUCUAUCGGACGUUUAGAUUAACGAUUAGCAGCAGCUGGAUUAGAAACACCAGAAUAUCCAGCACGACGCCGAUCAUUUGAUAUCUUAUUAGUUUUAUAAUGUAAAACGUACGGAAACAAAACUAAAAAACAAAACCAUACAACCAAAACCAGUGGCGUCGAUAUUAUUUUGUUUUCCAACCUUUCCUUUACGACUUGUAUGCUGUGACACCGUGUGUUGCUAACCUUGAACAACUUGGCUCGUUUUGGGCCAUGCUUGCAAGCUACAUGACGAACUGAGACCCCAACGACCAGCUGCAACAUUAACCUUGCUGAACGCCAUUCGGUAAAUAAUACUUGAACUGUGAACGGGAAAUGUACUUUGUCCUUAGUUUGCCAUCAUUUUUUAUAUUUUAUUUGUUUUUACCAGUUGGCAUGCAUAUUGAUUUAGGGUAUUUUACCAACCACGCUCGAAUCAAACGCAGAAAAUCGUGGGGGAUCGGGAAAUGAGAAUAGAGCACAAUGUGAAAGGGUUCGGCUUGCAGGUAAAGUAUAAUAUACCCGGUAAAUCGGUACGUUAUCUGGGACAUUGCGUUGAUCUUUUAUCUUGGUUCUUCAGCCAAAGAACUUUCUCUAGAGAGCAAUAAGUGAAUAAUACUCAAAAGGGGAUAUUUGAAACCAUUCGUUUGAUAUUUGCUGCAACUGAAUUAAUUCAUUAAAAAAACAAGGGAGGCCUUUGUUCCGGUUUCGAUUUGAAAGCCAACCUUCUAUUGAAUGGCACGUGAAAGUGAUUGUGAAAAAUUCAUGCAAAGGUCAGGGACUUUUCUAUUUGCCGACGAGCAACACCAACCGUCGAAUGAUUUUUUUUUCUUCGUGUUUCGAGGGGGAGGGAAUCGAAAGAUUGCAAAUCAACUAGUUUUUUGCGCAAGUGUAGAUAGCUAAAGCAUAGCAGUUAUCAAAUUGACGAUGCUACGUACCCCACAUUAACCCUUGAUACUUGAUACGAACGAGAUACAAUAGCAGUCGGAAGCAAAGCACUCAAAUGCACAGACACAAAAGUGGUCAAUACCACAAGGCGCCUCAGCGGAACCAAACCGGUGCAUCCGGGGAGUUUGUUUUUCCUUUGCUACUGCAGUAAAAUAGGCAAAUGUGUGAGAUUUCGCUUGCAAAAAAUGCGAUUAGUCCGGAGGAGGAGACACAAUUACAAAAGUAUAAUGAAUCACAAAUAUUCAACGACAAGUGCUACAACAAAGUACAUCUACCUACCAGUCAGUAACAAAUAAUAAGGACUUAUGAGAACGAUGUUGGUGAAAAAG